UGGAGAGCGAGAAGCAGAAGAGGAGAUUAAGGGGAAAAGGACGCCGUAAAAUAUGAAUAUGGGUCGACCCGAGCCAUGUGUGCUCUUCGCCCAGACAUUCGUUCACCCUACUCUCGACGAGUACGUCGACGAGGUUUUGUUUGCGGAGCCUGUAGUUGUCACUGCUUGUGAGUUUCUUGAACAGAAUUCUUCAUCAACUUGUUCGACUGUUAAACUUUCCGGGACCUCUUCUCCUCCUUCCUUUGCUUUGGAGGUUUUUGUUCAGUGUGAAGGAGAGACAAGGUUUAGGCGGCUUUGUCAGCCAUUUUUGUAUUCACAUUCUUCUUCAAAUGUGCUUGAAGUUGAGGCUAUGGUAACUAGUCAUUUGGUUGUAAGAGGCAGCUAUCGUGGCCUAAGCUUGGUCAUAUAUGGGAAUACAGCAGAAGAUUUAGGUCAGUUUAACAUAGAAGUUGAUCUAGAUAGCUCUUUGACACAUACUGUUAGUGCAAUUGAGGGAGACCUUGAAGACCUUCCCCCUGCACUCUGCCCAACCAAUUUGACAAUUGAGGAAUCUCUAUCUACCUUGAAUAAGUUAUCUUUCAAAGUUGCAAGAGUUGAUAUUCCUGUCGAACACAAGCAGUUUUUACAACUGAUGUUUAAGCUUUUGGAGUCUCAGAAUCUUGGAGCUGCUACAGAUACCGUUAUUAGUUCAAUGCUAUCGGCAGCCCUAGUACAUGCAACUCCUAACUUGUAUUCUACUAUUAUCAAUCAGAAACAUGUUGGGAUGGAUAAAUUCAGAGAUAAUGGAGGAUUUGAUGAUGUCCUUAAUGAAGCUAGAAAGGAACUUAUGGAUGUCUAUAAAACCUUUAAGCAAGGAGGGUAUUUCCCUGCUGAAUCUUCAACCGAGAAUAUGUCUUUUGAAUCUGAGGCUGAUAUGCCUACUUCCAAACAACUGGUGGACUUGUUGAGCUUAUACUUUAAGUUUGGUAGUAACCAUGAAAUUGCUGCAAAUCCUGUGCGUUCGAAGCAUAAGAGUGCCGUACUGUGGCUUAGUGUAGCUCUUUUGCUGUGCUCUGGUCGAGAGAGCUGCUUUCACUUUGUUAGUAGUGGUGGUAUGGAGAAGCUUGGUCGUGUUCUCAAUCAUGUCAUUCAAAACUCUCUUACUCUUAAGUUGUUGUCACUUGCUGUUGUUGAGCAAGCUACUCGGCACUCAAUUGGCUGUGAAGGAUUCCUUGGCUGGUGGCCUCGGGAAGACGAAAGUGUCCCUCCUGGCACCAGUGAAGGCUACAAUCAGUUACUGAAGUUUUUGUUGCAGAACCAGCGCCAUGAUGUUGCUUCUCUUGCUACUUACAUACUUAAUCGUUUGCGUUUUUAUGAAGUUGCAUCUAGAUAUGAGUGUGCAGUAUUAUCUGUUCUUGGAGGUCUUUCCACGGCAGGUCAUAUUACAAGUGUCACUUUGGACAUGCUUACUGGAGCUAAAUUCCAACUCAAGAAGCUCACUAAAUUAAUAAACUUCCAUGGCCCAAUUGAAGAUCCUUCUCUGGUGGCUCGUGCAAGCAGCACUUUGAUUCCAUGUGAUGUUGGAUCAUUGUCAUAUAAAGCAACUAGCACCUUUAUUAACCAGUCAAAUUGUUGUUUUUCAAAGUGGGACACUGAUCCACAUUUGCUUCUGCUGCUUAAGGAGAGAGGUUUUCUCCCUUUGUCUGCAGCUUUUCUUUCGUGUUCUAUAUUACGUACAGAGACAGGGCGUGUAGUGGACUUGUUUAUGGAUAUUGUGUCAUACAUUGAGGCAAUUAUUCUUUCACUCCUCUUCAGCCGCUCAGGGUUGACUUUUCUUCUAUGUGAUCCUGAAGUGUCAACUACAGUAAUUCGUGGCCUAAGGGGUACAGAUGAUUGGAAUAAGGAAGAAUCGGCUUCUUUACGCUAUGCAUCCGCCUUGAUAUCUAGGGGAUUCUUUUGUCAUCCACAGGAAGUUGGAAUUAUCGUUGAGACACAUUUGAAGGCUAUUGUUGCUAUAGAUCAUUUAAUCACAUCUACCCCAAACACUGAAGAAUUUCUGUGGAUAUUGUGGGAGCUAUGCGGUCUUUCUCGGUCUGAUUGUGGACGCCAGGCUUUGUUGGCUUUGAUACAUUUUCCAGAGGCUCUAUCAGUUUUGACGGCUGCAUUACAUUCUUUAAAGGAGUUGGAUCCAGUUUCCAUGAAUUCUGGAUCUUCACCAUUAAAUGUCGCAAUCUUCCAUGCUGCCGCAGAGAUUUUUGAAGUCAUUGUUACUGAUUCAACUUCAUCUUCCUUGGGUUCUUGGAUUGACCAGGCUAAUGAACUUCAUCGGGUGUUACACUCCUCUUCUCCUGGGUCCAAUAGAAAAGAUGCUCCUGCAAGGCUUCUGGAAUGGAUUGAUGCUGGUGUAGUAUACCACAGAAAUGGAUUUAUUGGGCUUCUGCGUUAUGUUGCUUUGUUAGCUUCUGGAGGAGAUGCACAUAUGGCGUCAACAAGCAUUUUUGGAUCUGAUAUGAUGGAUGUAGAAAAUGUUGUCGGAGAAGCUCCUUGUAGUUCUGAUGGUAACGUCAUUGAUAACCUUCUGGGAAAACGCAUAACUGAUAAGGACUUUCCUGGUGUCGUACUUCGUGACUCUUCUAUCGUUCAGCUGACUACAGCAUUCCGGAUUCUGGCAUUCAUUUCAGAUAAUUCGGCUAUUUCUGCUGUACUUUAUGAUGAAGGCGCUGUAAUGGUUAUCCAUGCUGUUUUAAUUAACUGUAAAGUCUUGCUGGAGAGGUCCUCCAACAUUUAUGAUUACCUUGUAGAUGAAGGUACUGAAUGCAAUUCAACUUCAGAUUUAUUGCUGGAACGCAACCGUGAACAAAGCAUUGUUGAUCUUUUGAUACCUUCUUUGGUACUGCUGAUUAAUUUGCUGCAGAAAUUGCAGGAAGCAAAGGAGCAGCACAGGAAUACAAAACUAAUUAAUGCACUUCUACAGUUGCAUCGAGAAGUGAGUCCGAGAUUGGCUGCGUGUGCAUUCGACCUGUCCUCUCCUUAUCCGGAAGCCCUUGGGUUGGAAGCUGUUUGCCAUCUUAUUGUGUCAGCUCUAGCCUGUUGGCCUGUGUAUGGUUGGACUCCUGGCUUAUUCCUCUUCCUACUUGACAAUCUUCAUUCAACUUCAUCACUGGCGCUUGGUCCCAAGGAAGUUUGUAGUUUGUUUUGCUUAUUGAAUGAUCUAUUUCCCGAGGAAGGUGUCUGGCUGUGGAAGAAUGGGAUCCCAAUGUCAAGUCUCCUCAGAGCAUUUGCUGUGGGAACAUUGUUAGGACGUGAGAAGGAGAGACAGAUCGAUUGGUACUUACAGGCUGGAGUAUCUGAAAAGCUGCUAAGUCAGUUGACGCCACAGCUUGACAAAGUUGCGCAGGUUAUCCUGCAUUGUGCAAUCAGUACAUUGGUUGUAAUUCAAGACAUGAUUCGGGUCUUCAUUAUUCGUAUUGCCUGCCAUGGCACUGAUAAUGCUUCAGUUCUUUUGCGGCCUAUGAUAUCUUGGAUAUCUAAUCAACUUUCUGGACCAUUGGCAGUUGCAGACACUGAUUCAUACAAGGUUUACAGAUUGCUUGAUUUUCUUGCUCUUUUAUUGGAACAUCCACGUGCAAAGCCAUUGUUGCUGAGGGAGGGUGGCAUUCAGAUGUUCGUCAAAGUGCUUGAGAGGUGUAAUGUAGCUGCUACCUCAGAUGCCAAGCAGUUUCCAGAAGUCAGACAUGUAGCUAGAAAUGAAUUUUCAUGGCUUGCUUGGUGUAUCCCUGUAUUUAAGUCCAUCUCACUGCUGUGUGAUUGUCGGACAUCUUUGCCGCGCCCUGUAAUGCUAGACAGGCACAUUCCUAAAGAUGUAACUGCAGGGGAAUGUUUGCUGAUUUUGUCAUAUAUCCUUAAUUUGUGUAAGGUCUUGCCAGUUGGAAAGGAAUUACUUGCCUGUGUAUCUGCUUUCAAAGAAUUGGGUUCCUCUGCUCAAGGCAGAUCUGCAUUGUUAUCCAUUUUUCUGAAAGUUCAGCCAUUCAUUUUUGAGGACUCUGCAGUUGAGAGGAGUCGUGCUGAUGAUAGGGACCUCAAGAUUGUUAAUGCCUGUGAAUGGAGGGAGAGUCCUCCUUUGCAAAUUUGCUGGAGUACACUGCUAAUGUCAAUUGCUUCAAAUGAUGGUUCGCCAGAAUAUGCUGUUGAGACCAUUGGCCUAUUGGCCUCUGGUGCUUUACUCUUCUGCUUGGAGAGAGAAAGCCUGAACUUGGAGAGAAUUACUGCAACUAAGUUCCUUUUUGGGAUUGAGAAGGAUGGGUGUGGUACAGAUAGUUUUCUUGACGAAAGCAUGAAAUCACUUCAUGAACUUGCAAAUAUAUUGGAGCCAGAGGUAAUGGAAUCUGCAAGCUCUUUAUUACUUAUGUUGCAAAAGCCUACUCAUGCAGUAAAGGUCGAUGAUAUCAAGGCCAGUAUCCUUCCCUCGUCAUCAAUUGCUGCAUCAGUUUCUACAAGGAUACAUAGAAUUGCCGAUAGUGGUGCUGAAAGGAUUGAGGACUAUGAUUUAGGUGAAUUUGGAGACAAAUUCUUAUGGGAAUGUCCUGAAAAUUUGCGUGAUAGAUUGACGCAGACAGGUCUUUCAAUGAAGCGGAAGAUUUCCUCACUGGAUGGGCCUAAUAGGCGUGUCAGAGCUGAUAAUGCCUCGACUGAAACUAUUGCUCAAAGUUCAUUUUCACGGGGCUCAGUUCCCCCUGCUACUUCUGGUCCGACUCGAAGGGAUACAUUUCGGCAGCGCAAGCCCAAUACCAGCCGACCUCCUUCUAUGCAUGUGGAUGACUAUGUUGCUAGGGAAAGAAAUGCUGAUGGUAACAAUAAUCCAAAUGUAAUUGCUAUUCCACGCAUAGGAUCCUCUAGUGGGAGACCUCCGUCUAUUCAUGUUGAUGAAUUCAUGGCCAGACAAAGGGACCGCCAACAUCCAGUGGGAAUGGCAGUUUCUGAUGCAACUGCACAAGUGAAAAGAACAGCUCCUGAAAACAAUAAAGAUGCAGAGAAGUCCAAUAAAUCUCGGCAACUGAAACCUGACCUUGAUGAUGAUCUUCAGGGAAUUGAUAUCGUUUUUGAUGCUGAGGAAUCUGAACCUGAUGAGAAGUUGCCUUUUCCUCAGGCAGAUGAUAAUCUGCCACUACCUGCACCUGUUGUGGCUGAGCAAAGCUCUCCUCACUCGAUAGUGGAGGAGACAGAGAGUGACUCUAACCUAAAUGCACAAUUGGCUUCUAAUAUGGAUGAGAAUACAAACAGUGAAUUUUCUUCAAUGAUGACAGUUUCUCGUCCAGAGGGGUCAUUGGCUCGAGAACCAAGUAUUUCUUCAGAUAAAAAAUUUCCUGAUAAGUCAGAUGAUUCAAAGAGCUUCAUAAACAAGAUUUCCAGUGGUUUUGACUCAGCUGUGCUUGCAAGUAGUUCAGAGCUUUCUUCCUCCACUUAUGCAAACGUUAAUAAAGUGUCUGGGCAGUUAUCAACUGACUCUAGAAUGACAAAUAAUUUAUACUCAAAAGUGGGUCUACAACAUGGUGGUUUACCUUCAGCUAUUGGUUCUCAAGGAUUUUAUGACAAAAAGUUUCAUCUAAAUCAGCCUCCCUUACCUCCAUACCCACCUCCACCAACAAUUUCACCUUCGCCGUCUCAAAAUACUGAUGCUGUUGGCAGUCAGUCUUCUCCUUUUGUUCAUUCAGUGGCUGAUGUGCAGCCUCCAUUACCACCAGGCUUUCAUGUUCAGGCAGAGUAUCAAUCUGCUUACACAAAUAGUUCUCUGGCAUCCUCAAGUCCCCUUACCGAUUCCAAGUUUGGUCGGGCAACUCUUUCUUCACCUGGUGGAUCUACUAGACCCCCUCCACCUCUUCCUCCUACACCACCUCCUUAUUCAGUUAACGCUUCUACGUUAUCCUCAUCAAAACCUCUGCCCUCACAGUCUGUAGUUUACAGCCAAUCUGUUGGAGCAGUUGACCUUCAGCAGACCUCCAUUGCAUCAUCAAGUGAUGCUCGACCAAGUAACCUUUCAUCUUCUGGCACCGUGGUGACCUCUUUUGCGCCAGCUCCUUUAGGACCCCCAUUGCUCUUUGGUAGACCUGGCUCCAUGCCUGGUAAUCUUUACGGAAGCAGUUCAGCCCCACAGCAUAUGGAAAAUUUGCCAAAUAUUUUGCAAAAUCUUCCAAUCUCGUUGCCUGCUAUUCAAUCUGUACCAUCUCUUACUCAGUUGCAACCACUGCAGCCGCCACAAAUUCCACGCCAUACAGCACAGAGUCUGAGGCCAGUUAUUCCAUCUUCCCCCCAGCCGGAGCAAGUUGGUUCCUUGCUUCCAAGUUCCUUGCAAUUGCAAAUGCAAACAUUACAGAUGUUGCAACAGCCCCAUGCCUCUCCAGCUCACCUUUAUUAUCAGACACCACAGACCGAUAAUGUUUUGCAACCACAGCUGGUUGAACGUUCUCAAUUGCAGCCUCUGCAUCAGCAAGGUGAUGGUACAUCUCAGCAACACGAUGCUGGAAUGUCCUUGCAAGAUUUUUUCAGGUCCCCAGAAGCUAUUCAGUCUCUAUUAAGUGAUCGCGAUAAACUGUGCCAACUUCUGGAACAGCAUCCAAAGUUAAUGCAGAUGCUUCAGGAUAGAUUGGGCCAGCUAUAGUUGCACUAUUGGCAACACUGUGCAUUGGAAGCUUGACGCUGAUCUGUCUUCGUGCAGCUGUAAUGAAGACUACAUAGCAAUAGUUUCAGGCUGUGCAACAUGGUACCAAAAUUUGUGCCAUUCAAUUGUCCCGGUUUUAUUUGGUCAUUCUUCUUGUAAAUUGCUGUAUGAUUUAAGAUUCUGCAACUAAUUUGCUGUUGCAGGUGUUGUAAAUCAUAUUGCUCUCUCUCUCUCUCUCUCUCUCUCCCUCCUAGUAUUUCUGUGAUGGAAUUUAUUCAUUGUCAAAUAGCAUAUUUAGUGUUCCAUGUCAAACCAAGCCGUCCAUGUACUUUUUGACAAUAUGAAAUAUACAAGAUGGCAAGGAACCCUUCUGAGGUUCAAUAUGUUAGCAGCUGGCUUUGUAUACGUGCCUGAAA